UACACAGAUCAUCAGGGCACACUGAUCAUCAGUGCCCAUGUCCCCUCUGAGGAAUGCCGAUUACCAGCUCUACUCUCCUCUCGAGCUGUCAGCCAGCGCCACCUGUCAGUGUCCAAAAGUGCCAGCUCUAUGCUCAUCCAUGCCACCUGCCAGUGCCACAUAUCAGUGCCCAUCUGAGCUGCCUUUUAGUGCCACCCAUCAGUGCCAGUCAGUGCCACCUAUCAAUGCCAGUCAGUGCGCCUAUCAGUGUGCAUCAGUGCAGCCUAUCAGUGCUCUUCAGUGC